UAAUUACGCGCUAUUCAAGGGGGUAACGGUGAUGCGUCGCCUGAGGUCCUGAGGAACGUCCCUUCAUUGUCAUCGUGAGUCUGAAUAGCGACGGCGUAUCUGGCAGAGGAUAAAGAGAUAGAGAUGCGUGUAUCUUUUUCUGGGCUAGGAAAUGCUUUACCGUUUUCAAGAAUCUUUAGGCAGCUUGAGCAAGAGAUGGAAACUGUGAUUAAGGUACUGCAGCCUGGACCAUUGGGAAUAGUGGAACACAAGUUCUCCUCGGAGGAGCUAAAGGAGGCUAAUGCUACUGUUCAUAAGGCAGUUGAGAAUUGGCGAAGAAAUGCAAAUCUAGAGCACAGAAAUGACAUUCUAAAAGAUUUUAUUGAAAGUGAAUGGAUAUGGAACUUGCAUUAUGGGUAGUUAAUCCUUCUAUUGGGGCAUAGCAGAGCAAAUUCUCCAAGUACUAUAAUUCAUAGAAUAUGAAUAGAAAUGAAUGUGACCUCACGUUGGUUAGAACUCUUAACUCCCUUGCUUUUCCCGCUACUCCAAACUCAUAAAUUAUUCUCCAAAUCUGUAAUUAAGAUUGACAAUGAUCUGAUAGAGAAGGUUAAAUUAAGACCGCAGAAUUCCUUGAAUUGAUUCAACUACCUUGGUGAAUGAUAAGCUAUAUUCUCUUUUACUUCAUCACGUAGUUCACAGUUUUGAUGUAAGCAUUCAAGGGAAUCAGUGAGCAACACUUCUUUCAUAGUUUUGUCAAUUAAUGUCGUUUCUAUGCGCAAAUUAUAUUUCCAGGC